UCGAUUUGAGUAAUAAUCUACAAGUCGCCGGUUUUUCCGGGGACCGUCAAAGACCGGAGGCCGGAAACCGUCGAUUAGUAAGCCCAAAACAUGGAAAGUCAAAAGUUUGAUACAAUAAUUAUUGGAGCAGGAUUAAGUGGUCUUUCUGCUGCAAGACAGUUACAGAAAAAUGGUGAAAAGGUUUUAGUGCUGGAAGCCAGGGAUAGGGUUGGAGGAAGAACAUAUACUUUAAAGGAUGCUGACCAUGGAGCUAUUGACCUGGGUGGGGCAUAUGUCGGACCUACUCAAAACAGAGUAUAUAGAAUAUGUAAAGAGUUAGACCUGAAGUUGUACAAUGUUGAUGAAAAUGACUACACCGUUAUGGAUUUAAGAAGUUGUUGGGCAAAGUUUAAAGGAAGUGUGCCACCAUUUUGGAAUCCAUUUAAACUGCUAGAUAUUAACCAUUUUAUCAGAACAUUUGAUAUCAUGGCUAAACAGGUUCCAUGUGAAGCACCAUGGGCAGCCAAAAAAGCAAAACAGUGGGACUCAAUGACAGUGGCACAGUUUAUAGAUAAAAUUCUCUGGACCCAAUCGGCAAAGGAAGUUGCAGGAAUUCUUAUGAAAGCUAUAUUUUGUGCAGAAUUGUCAGAGAUAUCUCUCCUAGGUGCCCUAUGGUACUUCAAUUGUAGUGGGGGAGUACUCAGAAUUAGCUCAAUAACAAAUGGUGCUCAGGAAAAAAAGGUUGAAGGAGGAACUCAGCAAAUAUCAGAAGGUCUUGCUAAACUGGUAGGGGACUAUGUGAAACUUAGUUCUCCAGCUGUUUAUAUAAAAUAUAAUGAUCAUACAGUGAUAGUUAAAGACUCUCACGGCAAUGUUUAUGAGGCUAGGUAUGUGAUAAGUUCAGUGCCUCCACCACUUCUCAACCGGAUAGAGUUUGAUCCUCCGUUACCAUGGGAACGAUUACAAUUAAUGCAAAAAGUGCCGAUGGGAUCAAUAAUUAAAACAGUGAUGUAUUAUAAAACACAGUUUUGGAGAAAAUUAGAUUUGAAUGGUAUAGCCAUGUCCUCAGACGGUGUAUGCUGUUAUUGUAUAGAUGAUACAAAACCUAAUGGUGGUCAUCCAGCAAUAAUGGGGUUUAUAUUGGCAGAUAGAGCUAGAGCAAUGGCUGCUGCAACACCUCUCGUACGGAAAGAAGCACUAUGUGCUCACUAUGCCUGGGUGUUUGGGACGGAUGAUUUCCUACACCCUGUAGAUUAUAGAGAGUAUAAUUGGAUGGCAGAUCAGUAUUCUGGCGGGUGUUACAGUUCAGUGAUGCCCCCAAAUGUCAUAACAAAAUAUGGAAGAUGUUUGAGGGAGCCAGUUGGUCAUGUAUAUUUUGCUGGUACAGAAACUGCCACUAUGUGGCCAGGAUAUAUGGAUGGUGCUAUACAAGCAGGAGAAAGGGCAGCUAACCAGAUUCUCUAUGCAGAUGGUAAAAUUUCAUCAUAUCAAAUAGAUACAGUUGAACCUGAAUCCCUAGACUACCCAGCAAAACCAAUUCCCUUCAGUUAUAUAGAACAUUAUCUUCCCAGUAACACGGCAGUCCUACGCUUUGGUAUAGCUAUCACGUUGGGUUUUUUCGGAUUUAGUGCAUAUGUGUUUUUCUUCAGCUGGAAAGGUGCAUUAUUUUGGAAGUGGUUCCAAUGGAAGUAUGACCUUGAUGAAAAAGACAUGUGGAAGUUGUCCAAAUAUUUUAAAAUACCAUCUCGUUUUUACAGGCAUGUUAAAACAUAGAUUUGACAUGUUCAUUAGAAUUAUAUGUUGCCUGUAUUUUUUGUUUCAUAUAUUAUCAAAAGAGUAAUGUAUCAAACUUUAAUUUUAAGAAUGAUUACUUUGAAACAACAUGUUUUAUUAUUUACGGAAAAUUUUAUGUUUGUUUAAAAAAAAAAAAAAGAAAAACCUACCCCAUGUACUAAAUGUACAUGUGUCUCACAUACAUGUACUUCUGUUUUAAAAAAAAUAAAUUUGAACCUUUAAUAUGGUUCAUUCAAGGCAUAGUUUUAAAAUAUGUAUUUGUUGAUUUAGUUUACUAGUAUUCAUAUUUUCUGUGUUUAACCUAUAUGCAUUUCUUUAUAUACAUCUAUGUAGAUUUUAUGUAACAAACAAAACAAAACAACAAACAAACAAAAAAACAGUGCAGACAACAAAAUCUUUUUUAUACU